AUGCCGACCCUGCGUUUGCCCAACCCCUACCUUAUGUGGCAUUCCUUCCUAUUCUCGAGAGUGUGCUGGGCGAACCGUGCUGGGGCUGUGGCGCACAGUAGCUACUAUGCGGAUCCCAGCGCCGCGAAUGAUCCUACUGGAGGGGAUAUUCGGAACUUGAGCGUAAAGGUUGGCACGGAUCAAGUUUGGCGCUGCUCAAAUUACGCCUUUGCACGUGCAUACUCGGCGCGGGGAGCGAAGGUCUACGUGGGCGAGUUCCAAUCCGGUGCGCUCUCUACCCGGACAAUACGCAGCCCCCUGCCGUAG